AUGGUGGGUGGUGGCCGGGUGGAGGGCGGAGUGGGUCGGCGGCGGAGCCAGGUGGCCAGGAGGCGAAGUGGGUCGGGCGACAGAGGAGGCCGAGCCGGGAGUUGCAGGCGGCGACCAAAGGUGGAUUCUAGUGGCGGGGAGACCAGUGGUGGUGGCUGGGGAACACAACAGAAGGUGGGCGUAGGUGGCGGGCGGUCGAGAAGCAGUGGAGGCCGUCGGUGGCGCUGUCGGUGGGGUUCGGAGGACGGCGGGGGCCAGCGGGGAGAGGUCGGUGGGGGCCGGGGGUUGGGAAGCCGGAGGCCGGCGCCGACAGGGUACAGGGGCUGGAGGAAGACGCCAGCGGCGCUGUACGGGUUUGCAAAAUGGCAGGGGCCCCACGGUACCCUGCGACCGUGA